AUGCUUCCAACUACUGCACACGGUUGUUUUACAGUCGCCCAUAUUACGUUAGUGUAUCAAGAUUCGGAAUUUCUUAAAAUUCAGACAUUACGGUUUUCAACCAACAGUUCUGGGCUAUUCCUAGUAGGCGCAGAGUUGCUUGCUGGGAAUCGUCGUCCUCUUGCGUGGGGUUAG